AGUCCGCAUCCCCUCACGCUUAAAGCAGCCUGCCUAUUGUGCGCCCGUGAUUGACAAGACCACGAGGCUGAGCGCGCUCGGGAGAUUUUUUUUUCCCCAUCCCUUUAUAAAUGGCUUAAACCCUCGUUCUAGACGACUUACUGGACAUUUGGGAGAGACAAUUGCCUUCUUGUUCAUUGCUGGAGAACCCCGGCUCCUGGGCUGACCGGGAAUUAGGAGCUCCUCCCUAAGCUGCUGGAAGAUAUAAGUCAGACCUGGGGCCGGGUGGGACGCCUAGGACAGUCUCUGGCUGGAGCUGGCCUUGCCUGUUGGACGGUACAGACUUGGCUUUUCUGUCUUCUGUGAUGGACUGCAGUAAUGGAUGCUCCUCGCCGGUUGCUGGAGAAAGAGGAUCAGAAGAAGUGGCCGAGACUUUUAGGGCCAAAGAUCUCCUCAUCACACCAGCCACUGUCUUAAAAGAGAAGCCUGACCCGGACUCGCUGGUCUUUGGAGCUACGUUUACUGACCACAUGCUGACAGUGGAGUGGUCCUCCGCGUCUGGAUGGGAGAAACCUCACAUUAAGCCUUUUGAAAACUUGCCCAUACAUCCCGCUGCCUCUGUUUUGCACUACGCCGUGGAACUGUUUGAAGGCUUGAAAGCUUUUCGGGGAGUUGAUAACAAGAUCCGAUUGUUCCGGCCGGACCUCAACAUGAAUAGAAUGUGCCGAUCUGCUGUGAGGUCCACACUUCCGGUGUUCGACAAGGAGGAGCUCCUAGAAUGUAUUCUUCAGCUUAUACAGAUAGACCAAGAAUGGGUUCCCUACUCCACCUCUGCCAGCCUCUACAUCCGCCCCACGUUUAUCGGAACUGAGCCAUCUCUGGGCGUCAAGAAGCCUUCCAAGGCCCUGCUCUUUGUGAUCCUCAGCCCCGUGGGACCUUAUUUUUCUAGUGGAUCCUUUACUCCGGUGUCCCUGUGGGCCAAUCCAAAGUACGUCAGAGCCUGGAAAGGUGGGACUGGAGACUGCAAGAUGGGCGGCAAUUAUGGAGCCUCCCUUCUGGCGCAGUGCGAGGCCGUGGAGAACGGCUGUCAGCAGGUCCUGUGGCUGUACGGCAAGGACAACCAGAUAACUGAAGUAGGCACAAUGAAUCUUUUCCUCUACUGGAUAAACGAAGACGGAGAAGAGGAGCUGGCAACGCCCCCACUAGAUGGCAUCAUUCUCCCGGGAGUGACCAGACAGAGCAUCCUGGAGCUGGCACAACAGUGGGGUGAGUUUAAGGUAUGUGAGAGACACCUCACCAUGGAUGACCUGGCCACUGCCCUUGAGGGGAACAGAGUGAAGGAGAUGUUUGGCUCCGGGACAGCCUGCGUCGUCUGCCCAGUUUCUGAUAUUCUGUACAAGGGCCAGAUGCUGCACAUUCCAACGAUGGAGAAUGGCCCCAAGCUUGCAAGUCGAAUCCUGGGAAAACUGACUGAUAUCCAGUAUGGAAGGGUGGAAAGCGACUGGACAAUCGAGUUACCCUGAUGGCAAAGCUCAGGGUGUCGGUGACGGGGUGCCACAGAAGAGUGACUCCUGCCCUCGAGCCGGGACCACCUGUGACGAACUAGUCUCGCACAUUGUAGUCUCGUUGUUCAUGUGUUACCAAACGAGGUUUUUUUCCUUGAGCCACAGAAAAUUGCCAGUGUUCAAUGUCACCUAUAAACAUGGUAGUAAUUGCUUACUGUACCUUUCCUAGGAAAGCUAUUGAUGAUUAAUGUCUCCCCGCACCCUAUACCAGAUCCUUAGAAGGAGAAUGGGUUCCCCAACCAAUGAGAUGUCUUAUGUGCUGGAAGGGCUACCGAGGAAAAUGUCAUCAGUGGCUUCCCUGUGACUCACGGGCACCCUCAGAGCGGGACACUUUGUUACUUUUGCUAGUGAGGUUCUUUUGGUUUUUGUUUUGUUUGUAUUUGUUUGUUUGGUUGAUUUUUGUUUUGUUUCUAAUUGGGGCAGAUUUGGGCUCCCCAUGCAGCCCUGCUGGCCCGGUGUUCCCUAAUGUUCACCCUGGUUGGUCUCAGACUCAGCCUUCUGGAUGCUGGGGUGAUUGACAGGUGUCCUACCUUGAUUUGUUUUUGUCUUUUAAUCAAAAGUUCGGUCACCUGGAUUUCUUUUCCCCGUGCUUCUGUGGGUCCCUGAGUCCAUGCUAAGGUGACUCUGUCCCUUCUUGGUAUCAUGGUCUGCACUAAUCUUACUGAAGGUGUCUGAGGCUGGUUGUCCGCAGUGCCCUUUUUAUGUAACUAUAACUGGCUGCUCACUGCGCUGCUAUGAGACUAGGGGUCCUGUGCCUUCUAGAUCUUUGCAUCCUCAAAGCCCAGCACAUAGUAGGUAUUUUCAGUACAUGUUUACUAUAAGAAUGAACAUAGAAGUGUACUUUCUGUCUCUCCAUGCUGAAACCCUUUCGGAAGCCAUGCCUAAUUUGGGCAACAUGUAGUAGUAUUUACCUCAGGCUGUCUUUCUUGUCCAUGGACUCCUCCAGACAGCAUGGCCAGUUGGAAGAAUUGUCUUAUGUUUUAAGAUUGUCUUGGAAUUGAAGCGAUUGCCCUGGAAAGAUGAAAUACUAAUCACAUAGAAAUGAAAGAUACUAUACAUUACGUGUUAAAUGCCAAAUAAAAGGGUCAGGUUGGGAGAUAAACUCUGGAUUUGGAUCUUAAUCUACACUUUGAACCCUUCUCUUGAAGGAACAUUGAUGAAGCACCUGGCUAGUUACAGACACUAAUUCCAGACCAUGUUCUCCUUGGUUAGGAACUGUUAGUGAAAAGUUCUCUCACGGCCCAGCUUAUCCAGGACAAAGUCAGAUCUUGACAGAAAGCAGUCACCCUUGGAAGGUCAACUCUCAGCCAUGGUACUUCGGUUUCUUGGCUUCAGUAGCUUUCAGUUUACUGAUGGAACUUGGGUCUUUUCAGAGCCCUGGGGGAAGGGCUUUAUAAAAACUCCACCCAAUAGAGUCAGUCCUUAAGACAUUUAACAUUUAACCAUACACACAGCACUUAAGUUCCAUUCCAGUUGUUUAUCUGUCUGGCUUUUUAGACAGAAACAGUAAAAAGUUGGAGAAGGCCAUGACUGGAGAUGGUAAAUAUGUCCGAGGGGGCCUUUUCUUUGGCAAUUGAAGUCUUGGGUGAGGGUGUCCUUGAGCAGUUCUCCAUCCUUCCCUGUUCAGGAUCCUUCCUGCAGGUGCUCACGAGAGAGUAGCAUCCUGAUGCUUUUUGACUUUCCUCUACCUUUUGACUUCAUCUUUAGGUCUAGGAUAGACUAGCAGGUGUCGUAGCUGUCAGGUAGCACAGAAUGAGCACACUGGGUCCUGAGAGAAGGGAGGUGCCCUGUCUGUCCUGAGUCCAUUUAAGACUUCACACUUUUUGCCGGGCGUGGUGGUGCACACCUUUAAUCCCAGCACUCAGGAGGCAGAGGAAGGCAGAUUUCUGAG